AUGCCGGCAGGUGGUGUCAUGCUGCGUGACAAGUUCUUCCCCGAAAAGACGGUAGAAGGAAUCAAUCCAUGGGUUGCGCACUAUAAUUAUUUGAUCUUCGGCGAUGACGCGGACAUAUUUCGACCAGAGCGCUAG